GGGUGACACAGGACUAGACACUUAGUUCAUAAUUGCAAACCAAAAUACAUUCAGUAACUUCCACACAAGAACUGCUGACAGUCAUGAACUGCGUGUACUGAAAGCCUUCAAUGAUGGAUUUCAACCUUAAGUCCUCGGGAACAUCAGGACCUCUGGAAACACAGCAAGAGGAUGUACCUUUACUGGAGCUGACGAAAACAGAUGCAUCAUCUGCGCAGUCUUCAGAAGACCCCAACCGGGGUUCUGAAUCAAUAUUGUUGGAUUCAAAGGAUGAUUCUUCCCACACUGCCAAACCCACUGAGUUGGGACUGCCCACAUUAGAAGGGACAAGGUUGGAAGCACCCCCCAAAAUAUGCUCAGAAAACACCACCCAGGGUUCUGAAUCAAUAUUGUCGGAUUCAAAGAACGAUGUUGUCUGUACCAUCAAACCUGCUGAGCUCAAGGAGGUGGAAGUGCCAUUGUUAGAGGCAACAACAUCCGAAGUGCCACCCGUAGUACCAUCCGAGCUUCCCACAGAAGCAGUCCGGCGCAGACGCUGGCGUCAUCGAUUCAGACCCCGCAGACGGCCACCGCGUGCGACCAAGAGGAUCCUGGCGCUCCUGUGUGCAGUGACCAUCCUUUCUAUGAUUGUAGUUGGAAUUUAUUUUACCGUGAGGUAUUUGGAGAGGCCCAUUGAAAACAAAAACUCGAUACCAACUGGAGGAAAUGCACCCACAACUGACUGCAAUGCAACUGAUCAAAACUUCAGCAGCACAGCUCCAAUCACAGUUUCUUUCAGAAUUAAUUCUGAGAACUCGCUAUUGGAGAUACAUAACCAAUCAUGGCAAGGCUGGCUUCCUGCAUGUGACACGAAGUGGAACUCCUCGCUGGGUAAACUGGUGUGCAGAUACAUGGGACAUAUCAAAUACCUGAGUUCCGAUGUACUUAGUGUGAGUGAGAUUGAACGCAAUUACACACAGGGAUUCGCUGAAAUUACUAAUGCGCAGGACAGCAAUUUAGAAAACAUCUGGGGCUACAGAGCUAGAUGUACAUCUGGAAAAGUAAUAAAAUUGAAAUGCUCUGCGUGUGGGGAGAAGCAUGACUUUUCCAUGAUUGUUGGAGGACAGGAGGCCACACAGGGGAGCUGGCCCUGGCAGGUCACCCUGUACUAUAACUACAAGCACACGUGUGGAGGGUCCAUCCUUGAUCAGUACUGGCUCAUUACUGCAGCACACUGCGUACACAGGUUAUCAAUUGCUCACAACUGGCGAGUGUAUGCUGGGAUUGUGGACAGACAGCUCAUUUUAUUCACCAGCCUUCCCACCUACGUAGUCGAGAAGAUUAUCUAUCACAGCGACUAUAACCAUGACACUCACGACUAUGACAUUGCCCUCAUGAAACUGAGAAAACCAAUUACAUUUUCAAAUACAGUGAGGGCAAUCUGUCUGCCAAGAUACAAUCAGCAGAUCGUACCAGGUAAGAAGUGCUGGAUAUCAGGCUGGGGACAAGCAAGUGCAGAUGCCUAUGAUACAGAAAAUAUUUUAAAGGAAGCUUCUGUCCCUCUCAUCAGCACUGAGAGAUGUAAUAGCAGCUGCAUGUACAAUGGUGCCAUAACUCCCAGAAUGUUGUGUGCUGGAUACAGGGAGGGCAAAGUUGACGCAUGCCAGGGUGACAGUGGUGGCCCUUUGGUAUGUGAGGACAUCAGUGCCUGGCACUUGACCGGGGUGGUGAGUUGGGGAAUCGGCUGCGCUGAAGCUAAUCACCCAGGCGUUUAUACAAAGGUUUCAGAGUUCCAAGAAUGGAUAUACAGUGUUAUUGAGGGAUAGAACAACUCCAUGUCUUAGAAAACAUUCUGGAAUCUAUGAAACAACAAGAAGAAUGCUCUGCACAGAAGCAGAAAGGAGCAGAUCUGAUGGUUUUAUAUCUGUCUCUGGGCAUUAGACUUUGAGAACCUGUGUGGAAUAUUCUGUCAGUGCAAAGAAAGUUGUUGCAUCAGACUCACUGAGUGAGAACCAUCAUGUUUUUUUUCCCUCCAGAAAAUGCUCAGUGAUCUGUUUUUACCAAAUGGGACAUUAGUGAACUUUUUUGCAGCCUGUGUGAAAUUUGUGUCAAUGACUCUUACAGAAAGGAUUUUCCCCUCAUUAAAUCAUAUCAACAAGCUGCUUGAUAUUUUGCAGCUGAGUGUACCAACAUGAACCUCAUUUUUUUUAAUAACUGCAUUUCACCAAUCCUGAUGAACUUUUGGUUGGCAUUGACAAGUUAGGCUGAAUGACCUGUUGCUGUGCUGUAUAAGUCCCUGACUCUAUGACUCAAUCCAUUGUUUGAGAACCUGCCCUGGCUUUGAGUCAAAUGUGUAAAAUGAGUGGUUCUCAAACCACUUUGGCCAUAAUUGUUCA